AUGAAAUGGAAGACAGUGACGGGCAUUUUCCUCCUGGUCGUGCUCUAUUUGGUAAUGGGUGCAGCGGUGUUCAAAGCACUGGAGCAGCCCCAUGAGAGUGCCCAGCGCGUAGCCAUCCUGACCCAGAAGCUGGAGUUCCUGUCCAAACACCAGUGCAUGAGCCACAGGGAGCUGGAGGAGCUGGUGAAGCAAAUUGUGGUGGCCAUGCGCUCCGGAGUGAACCCCACCGGGACCCUCAGCAACAACAGCAGCCUUUGGGACCUGAGCUCUGCAUUCUUCUUUGCUGGAACAGUCAUCACGACUAUUGGUUUUGGGAACACCUCUCCACACACAGAAGGAGGGAGGAUCUUUUGUAUUGUGUAUGCUUUACUAGGGAUUCCGUUAUUUGGAUUUCUGCUGGCCGGCGUUGGUGAUCAGCUUGGGACUGUGUUUGGCAAAGGGAUUGCCAGAGUGGAGAAAACGUUUGUUCACGGCGACAUCAGUCAAACUAAGAUCCGAGUCAUUUCCACUCUCCUAUUCGUUCUGUUCGGCUGCCUGCUGUUUGUGACCCUCCCAGCGGUCAUUUUUAAACACAUUGAGGGCUGGUCCGCUCUGGAGGCUCUGUACUUUGUGGUUAUCACACUAACAACCAUUGGAUUUGGAGAUUUUGUGGCAGCCUACUUUGCUGCCAUUCUCAGCAUGAUCGGAGACUGGCUCAGAGUCAUCUCAAAGAAGACCAAAGAAGAGGUCGGUGAGAUCCGGGCUCAGGCAGCCGAGUGGACAGCUUCAGUUUCAGCAGAGUUUAAGGAGACACGCAGAAGAAUGAGCGUGGAGCUUUAUGACAAAUUCCAGAGAGCCGCGUCAAUCAAGCGCAAACUGUCCACAGACUUUGCAUUCAGCCCGACCCCUGACCUCUCCAUGCCCAAACGAGCAGGGUCGGUCAACUUCAACGACGAGCUGGAGAGAAAGGAUGUGGUUUUCCAGGGACUGAACUGUUCUGUAAUGAGGAAUCACCUGCUGAUGAACGGACUGGACCCAGAAGACUCCUCUCUGUCAUAG